AAUCUAUCGCUUGAUAAUCAUUGAUCGUCACUAAAAUAUGGUUAGAUAUUUUGGGUUUGUGGCAUUUGUUUGUUAUCAGUUUUAUCUGGCGAAUUCCAAUUUCAUUUUCAAUAACUAUAACCCAAACGAUCUCGAUGUCGGAUCGUCAUGCAGAUUCAAUGGUAACAAUUCGAAAGGCAUUUGCAGAGAAAUCACGCAUUGUCCCGGCGCUCACAGAGAUUUGUAUCAACGUCACAUUUCACCGACUAUCUGUGCAUUUCGCUCAAACAACGAACACUUAGUGUGCUGUGGGUAUAAACGCAGAUACGAGGCUUAUUGUGAUAAUCACAGAGGCUCACCAGAGACAGUCCGUGUUUGUCCUAGCCCGGUUCUACUAUAUGAAUGCGAAAAUGACAGUGGAUCCAAAUUCCAUUCGUUUAAGAACGGAUUAACUCAUGGUGUUCGGGCUGGCUCCAUUCCAUACAUGGUAGCUCUUGGAUGGCAAUUUUCUGAAGCAACGCAAUACAAAUGUGGCGGCAUUAUGAUAUCACGAAGGUUUGUUUUGACGGCGGCGCAUUGUACGCAAUUUAAAGGGAUACAGCCAAAUAUUUUACGAAUUGGUGCUGAACAUUUAUUAAACGAUGAUCCACAAAACACCUACAAAAUAAUCGACAUAAUUACGCACCCCGGAUAUAAGGAACCACUUUAUUACCACGAUAUCGCACUGAUCCAAUACGAUGCAAAAAAUGGACAUCACUUUAAGGAUGACUUUGCUUGUUUACCCCCAGAGCAUCUGAUCAGUGAUGAAUAUGUUGUUUAUGAUCCAUCAGAAUGGGGUGAAAUGGAAGCACUUGGUUAUGGUGCCACCUCAUUCGGCGGUCCAACUGAUGACACACAUUUACUUAGAGUCAACAUCGACCGUUUGCCUUCCGAAUUAUGUGUUCAAUCAUUCCCACCCGAUGAAAAUCAACCAAAAGGCUAUCAGAAGAAUGUGCAAAUAUGCGCUGGCGAUAUUAGCGAAGACGGCCGUGAUACUUGUCAGGGCGAUAGCGGUGGGCCGCUCCAACGGAUUUUCAAAGAAACAUUGGUGUCGCAGGAUAUCACAUAUGUAUUUGGCAUCACUUCGUUUGGUCGGGCGUGUGCUACAGGAGCUCCAGGAGUCUACACUCGCGUCACAGCUCAUUUGGAUUGGAUCGAAAGCAUUGUGUGGCCGUCGGAAAUAUCUGACGGUGAUAAUUUGACUCAGCAUUUUGACUGUGGCGAAGAACAAAAGAUUUGCUUGAAGAAAAUCAGAUCUUAUUACCAAAAUGAUGAUCCUCUCUGGCCUAUAGAUCCAAAUGCGAAAUGGUGAAGAAUACUAAUGUGGU